AUGCUGUCCAGGACCGCUCGGUUCGCCUCAGGGCGCGCCCUCGCCGCCGCCGGCUCCUCCGCUGCCCGAAGCACCUUCUCGGGCGCCAUCGCCCGACCUGCCGUCGCCGCGCCUGCGCUCAUUUCCGUCUCAGCCAAGCGCUCGUACCACGAAAAGGUGCUCGACCACUACUCCCGCCCGCGCAACGUCGGCUCCAUGGACAAGAAGGACCUCGAUGUCGGCACCGGCCUGGUCGGCGCCCCGGCGUGCGGCGAUGUGAUGAAGCUGCAGAUUCGCGUGGACCCCGAGACCAACACCAUCUCGGACGUCAAGUUCAAGACGUUUGGCUGCGGCUCGGCCAUUGCCUCGAGCAGCUACCUCACGGAGCUGGUGCGCGGCAUGAGCCUCGACGACGCCGGCAAGGUGAAGAACACAGAGAUUGCUAAGGAGCUGUGCCUGCCCCCUGUCAAGCUCCACUGCUCUAUGCUGGCUGAAGAUGCCAUCAAGUCGGCCAUUUCCGACUACUAUAGCAAGAACCCCAAGGUGCAGGCUACCAACCUGGGCGGCACUGAGAUGAAGAUGCCCACCGGCGCUACCGCUGAGGCUACCCCCGCAUAG